UGCUCCUGCUCAAGUUGUUCAGUCUCGUCACCAACUCCACCAGACCACCACCAUGAAAUUCGUGGCUCUUGCUCUUGCCCUUCUCCUGGCUGUUGGCUCUCAGGCCGCUUCCCUGCAGGCCGAUGCCCCAUCCCAGCUGGAACACCUACGGUCCGUUGCUGAUGUCUACCUGACCCAGGCAAAGGAGACCGCCAUCAAGGCUCUGGACCAGCUCGAUGGCACGGAAUAUGAGGGCAUGAAGGGCGCUGUGUCUCAACGUCUGAAUGAUGUGCACGCUCAGCUCAAGCAACUGCAGAGCCAGGUGUCCCCCAUGACAGACAACGUUGUCUCCACCAUCUCCGAUGCCACUGCUGACUUCCGUGCCUCCAUCGUGAGUGACAUCGAGUCCCUGAAAACCGAGCUCGAGCCCAUGCGCGCCAAGCUGAGGGAGGUCAUUGAGAAACACGUGGACGAGUACCGCACCCACAUGGAGCCCAUCAUCAAAGAGUACCAAGCCAAGCACGACGCCGAGAUGGAAGCUCUGAGAGCCAAGAUGGAGCCCGUUGUGGCAGAGCUGCGCCAGAAAAUCACAACCAACGUGGAGGAGACCAAGAGCGCCCUGGUUCCCAUUGUUGAGGCUGUGCGCACCAAGCUCACCCAGCGCCUGGAGAGCUUGAGAGAGAUGGCCGUCCCUUUCGUCGAGGAAUACAAGGAGCACCUGAAGCAGACCUACAGCCAGGUACAGAACAUCAAACCUGAGGAGCUCACUCAGCUGAAGGAGAAGAUUCAGCCUCUUGCUGAGGAGAUCAAGACAAAGCUCACAGCCAUUGCUGGGAUCAUCACUGAAACCUUCAACAAAAACUAAAUCCUCCCUGCUCUGCUUGACUAAUCUCGCCUUCCUCGUCUGUCCUCCAUUCCACCUUUCCCUCCACUCUCUCUUCCCUCUCGAACAAACCACCUCACAAAUGAAGCUAGUGCUUAACUUAUGAAACAAGAUGGCAGGACUUUUCUCUUUUCGAAGCAAAUGACUUGUUCCAUGCGCACACUCUCAAGCACAUGCAUGCACACCCAGAGAUACAUACAUACCCAGCACACAUGCUUUACUCUUCACGUGCACACUGCUAACAUUUUGUGUACCAAUUGUAUGUGAAUUACCACAAGUGCUUGAAUCUCUGUGUAAUUAUGAUGUUGUGCUUUGAUGAAAAACAGCUCAAUAAACACCUGACUGUUUAUACAA